AUGUUGGAUUCAAGGGGUGUGAAUGUCUCUCCCAUGUACAUGUCAUCCAGUCUCGUCAGAUUGCGUCAUGACAGAGGCCGGAAUGAGAGUGAUGGGGAUGAUGAAGAGGAUAGCUCUGAUGAUGAGUUGGAUGCUGAAACCAAUGCUGAUUUCUCAACCACUCCACCUCGCAUGCAGAAAUUGCGGAAUCAGAAACGGAGGGGUAGCAAAGAUAUCGAGAUUCCAAGUCGGUGGACAGGUCACAGCCACAGUCGUGGGGGUGAGCAUGUUUAUCGGGGUCGAACUCAUCCAGGUGCUAUACAGACCCGGUCCCGAAACGUCAACCUUGAUUCAUUUGUUAGGUCCUUGUCUCGUGAGGUCUACCACUCAGAUGAAGAUGUGCGGAUGAUGACUCGGUCAAGUGAACACCGGCGAAAGAACCAGCGUCAGAGGAACCUGGAGAGGACCUCUGCACGGAUGUGGAAGAUGAACCAGGGCAUGUCCCUAUCUCAAGGAAGAAGAUCUUCACUCUCAGGUCCCACCUCUUUAGAACAAGAAGGCUAUGCCUCCUCCUCCCCCACCCAGCAAGGAGGCUCUCCCUCCAUGCCCUACAUAAUGCCUCAUUCUGGGACCAAGUUGGCAGCCAUGGCUCCGAUCGAACGAGCAACUCUUCGCCCCAUCGUCUACUACGAGUUCCUCCAAGGACACUCUGCGAGAGCCGCCGCGGACAACAUCUGCGCUGCAUUCAAGGGCAACGUCGUCCACUAUUCCACGGUGUCUCGAUGGUUGAAACGCUUGGAAUCUGGCGACACGACCUUCGGAGAUCGACCACGCUCAGGACGUCCAUCUACAGUCGAUGACGAAGCCCUGCGGAACGCCCUCAACGCGAAGCCGAACGCCACCACUCGCGAAUCGGCGACUACACUUGGAAUUGAGACAUCAUGUCAACUGCAGUCCAUUCGGUCAAAGCCUGCUGUAUCAUACCAUCCAUUAAUCCCACCAUCCCUUCUCCCCACCCCUCAUUCCUAUGCAUCUAUCACUCGGGUUUCUUACCCUGGUUAUCCUCAUCAACAUCACCAGAAGAACUGGAAUCAGUAUUAUGCCAUGCAGCUCUACACACUAGGAGCCUCAGCUGCCAUCCCCAACCCUUCUGCACAAAGUGCUCAAGGGAAGCAAGGCACAAAUCCUUGGGGCUGUCCUCAGGACCGAGUGGAGUUUUACAAGAAGUUCAGCUCCUUGGUGCGACUGGGAAACCUGGAUAGACAGGGUGCUCCUGUGCAUCGCCAGAGGAGUUCAGAGGAACUGGUAUUCCUAAGUGAACUGCAAGACAUGCUGUGGUUGGAACUUCAGGCAUGGCAUGCAGGCCGUUCCAAGGAGGAUGAGGACAUGUUUCUCACUAAAGAACGGGAGAAAGUGGAGCCCUUACUCCAGGAACUCUUGGAUUUUCACUAUAUUCCUGUUCCUGUGAAACGAUACCCCUCUGGUGAUUCUGGUAUCAAUAGCUUUGGCCAUCCCCUCUCUGUCUCACGACAAGCCAGCCAACUGGAGACUGAGGAUGAGACAGGAGAAGCCACAUUCUCCCAACUUGAAACAUCUCAAGAAGUAUCAGCAUUAACCACCAUGAACAAGGACAUGAGUGAAUCUGGCUAUGGUGCUGAAUGUGAGACAACUGACCCUGGCUCAAGCAUGAAUGAUGAGGUGGUUAAUCUUGCCAAGAUCAUGAAACCAGAGCCUGAAUCUGCAGCUGUUCUUAGUGUCCUUGUUUCUGAAGACGAAGAAACUGCUUGUGACUCUUCCAAGCCACAACUUGACUUACCGCUGCUACUUACUGUUGCUGGGUCAAAUAAUCCAAAAGGAAACUUGACUCAUAGUGAAGGCGAACAUGAAGAGUAUUCAUGUGAUGGAUGUCUCAGUGUGUUCUGUCAGCCAUGUGUCUUCAAUCUCAACAAUGCUCUAGACAAGGUGAAAGAUCUAUUGGAUCGGAUAGAAUAUGUUGAAGGUCUCUUCCCAUCCUCCAGGGCUCUUGGAGAAGUGCAUCCUACAUACAAGUUGGAUCCAUGUACAAAACAAAUGAGAACACUAUGUGUGUGGUACAAUGUGACAACAAACCUUCGACAGAGCAUUGAAAUUUUGGGCCGGUCAUUGGUAUCAAUGGGAGCACGAGAUGUCCCCUGGCCAAACCUGGAGACAGGGGAGCAACGAAUCCUUGUGAUUGAGGGCCUUACACCAGAACUCAAUCUGGAUCUAGCUGCUGUCUCCACUUUGUCCAGCUUCUCCAGUCUCAGCCCAAAGCUCCCCCACAAAGAAAUACCAGGUGGACAGUCCAAGCUCAAGGUGAAGUUUGAUCUGUCAGUAGGUGACAGAGAUAUGGAUGGAAACACAGAUGAAUGUCCAAGUACAAAUCCAUCUGAUUCAAAUGCAUCUGUCACAUCCAGCGACUCAGCCAUUAAUAUUCCACUCAAACCAGGGAAGGUUAUGAGGAGUCUCAGUGAGACUAGCUCCAUUGUCUCCACAUCAUCUCCUUAUAGACACUAUGUAGAGAAGCAGUUGAAGACAAGAGGUCUGAAAAACAUGCUGGAGAACUUUGAGUUCAUCUUCCGCAGUGUCAUCAGUCGUGCUUAUUCAGUCCUCCAUGAACCCACUGAUCGGAAUAAGACUCAGACCCAGCGGGGUCAGUUAUUGGGCCUGCAUCUCUCACCAAGUUCCACGGCAACUGACCUCUGUAUGAGUGUUCCUGGAGGCCAGAACUCACAGCAGACAGCAUCCAUGUGUGAGAGCUAUGCAGAGGAGUUUCAGAAACUUGGACUCCCUUCAUUCAAAUCCCUCUACUUGUUCCUGUGCAAGGUUUCCCUUGACAUCAUGUAUGACUGUCUCACCUGCAAAGUGGAGCAUCAGCCAGACAAGCCCUCCUCCCUCAGUGUCCGACAGUUGAUGCAAGAAUGCAAAGAGAUGAUAGAGAGUGCAGUGACAGUUAGACAGAAGUUCCUCUACUGUGCUACACCUGUUCUUCUCAAGGCAGAUCCUAACGAUGUUGAGAAACAUGUUCAAGAUAUUGAACGCUUCGAUGCCCAAGCCAAGUGUCUCCUUGAGUACUAUCUGGACUACAUGGAGCAAUGGGUGUUAGCACUACAGCGGGAGAAGGUGGUAUCAGUGAAGCAGCGAAAUUGCCUUGAGGAAGAAUGGAAUUUUGUGCGUUCCACUUGUCCCAACAUUCGUGGCGGGGAAUCCCUUGCUGCCAUACGUUUCUGGUAUACUUUCAGCUUCCUGUCAAGCAACAUGCUUAAUGCCAUUGGAGACUUCCUGGAAACCAGAUUGGAUGAAUGUACUUCCAGGCUCUAUGACAGCACCCUGAGUGCUGACAAUGAUGACCAGGGAAUAACUCUCAAACAAAGUCUGCUGCAGGCAUGCCGGGGGUUUCAGUCUUUGUUUCAUGAAGCACGGGAGAAGGCAAUUCGAGCCAUUUCAUUUGCCAAAGUCCUGCGGAAGGAUCUAGAGAUUGGAGCUGAGUAUCAUUUCAAUUGUGAAGGUCCUGAAGCUUUCCUGAAGAAGCUGGAGGAGACAAAGCACAUCCGUGUCCUUGCUCCACAUCAUACUGAUCAGCUCAUGUUUGUUCCUGAGUACCUGAACAAUCGUCACAAGUACAUCCUGCAGCUGCUGGACAUGAUUGUAGCACAUGACUAUGAGACUCCAUCUGACUUUGAGGACAAUGAGGAACGCGAUGAAGAGCAUGAGAACCCUGAAGAUGGCUAUCUCCUUGUCAUGUCCUAUCCAGAUGUCCCAUCUCCCUCUGUCUCCUGGAAUGGAGCCACCGUUCGCAUCUACCCAACUGCUGAAAACACCAUUGCCCUCUGCCAUCUCAAGGUGAAAGAAUUGAUGCUUGUGGUGAACCAGCCUCAACAGCUGAAUGCAAUGCGGCAGAAGUUCCAGUCCCUGGUUGGGAAUACAGUUACUGUUGUCCGGGACCAGACAUCACCUCAUCAAGCCAUUGCUGGAUCUGUGAUGGAACUCAAGUCAGAUGCAUUGGGUCUGGGAGAGCGGAUUGCAAGAUGCAUCUUGUCUGUGGAGGAGAAGCUAGACAUUCGGUCAUAUCCAAACAUGGAUGAGAAUGAUCAGAUCCAGAUUACAGCCCGGGCAAGGGAGAUAUUACACCAGUGUUAUAACUUCUCCUUUGAGUAUGCAAGGGAGCUUCCAAAGCUGGUCACAGGAUAUUCCCGAUAUAAAGUGGGGCCUGGGAUGAUCCACCUGGCACAGCAAUGGAUGCGAUUUGUUAGGGACCGUUGUGAGCGGGGUCGGGGACUACGACCUCGUUGGGCCAACCAGGGUCUGAACUUUCUCAUUGCUGCCUGUGAACCCCAGUACCUCAAGGAUCUCAAAGAGGAGGCAUUCAAAGGUUUUCAAGAGAGCAUCAAGGAAUGCAUCACUCAUGUGAUAGGAAGUGCUCAUCAGCAGACUUUGGCUCAUCACCGCCACAAGCCACGACACCGAAGCUCCUCUCCAGCUAUCCAUGCCCAUGCACAUUCCCAUGGCCAUGGAAAUCCUACCAAUCGACCUUCCUACCGCUCUAGCCUUUCAUCUCCAGCAGAUCGUGUUAUGAAUGGGGCCAUUCCUUCAUCUCCUACAUGCAGUCGCUCAUCACUUCCUACCAUUCCCACCCUUGAAUUCAUUCUCUCCCCAAGUGAAGACUCAGAAGCCACACUCUCAUCACCCCCCAGUUGUAACACACUGACAGAAGAUCGAAUGACUCGAAUCCGUGAGUCAGUGGCACAUUUGGAUGCACAGCGGCGGCAUUACCUCCAGGAGGCAGGACGCAUUGGGCAUGUCACUUCCACUGUCCCUCAAGCCCGCUUCCACAUCAAAGUCAGAUCUGUCAACUUCUCAUGGCAGAAGGGCUUCAAGAUUGGUCAAGGAAGGUUUGGGAAGGUGUUUACAGCAGUGAAUAAUCGAACAGGUGAGCUAAUGGCAAUGAAAGAGGUUCCUCUCCAACCCAAUGACCAUCAGGCCAUCAAGAGCAUCGCUGAGGAGAUCCGCAUCUUUGAGGGCAUCCGACAUCCCAAUCUAGUCAGAUAUCAUGGGGUUGAGAUCCUUCGAGAUGAGAUGUUGAUCUUCAUGGAGUAUUGUGGAGAGGGGACAUUGGAGAGCCUCUCUGAGAGUCUCCAGGGACUCCCUGAGUCCCUCAUCCGUCGCUACACCAAUCAGCUCCUCCAAGCUGUCCUCACACUCCAUGAACAUGGAAUUGUCCAUCGAGACAUCAAAGGUGCAAACAUCUUCCUAACGGAUGAGGCCAACAACUUGAAGCUUGGAGACUUUGGGUGUGCUGUGAAGAUGCACACCCAAGCCACCUUGCCUGGUGAAUUGCAGGGCUUUGUUGGAACACCUGCAUUCAUGGCACCUGAAGUGAUUUCUAGGCAGGGUGGCUAUGGUCGUGCUGCUGACAUUUGGUCUCUAGGAUGUGUUAUCAUUGAGAUGGCCACAGGCAAACGUCCAUGGCCAGAUCUGGAAAACAACUACCAGAUCAUGUUCAAGGUUGGAAUGGGGGAAGUACCUGAGUUUCCAUCCUCCCUGAGUGAGGAGGGGCAUUGGUUCCUUUCUCUUUGCCUCCGUGGUGAGCCCAAAGCCAGGGCUUCUGCAGCCCAACUCCUCGAUCACAGCUUUGUCAAGGUGUGCAUGGAGGAUGACUACAAUGAGAAUCCCAACGACCUGGCAUCUCACGACAAGAGACGGUCUCGGAAAAAAAAUCUUCCCAGUGAAAUCACAUCUGUGGUUGUUGCUGUGGGGUUUGAGGCUGCACAGCUGGAGUCCCAGGCUGAGUUGCCUGCUGCAUUUGUUAUCAGCAGCACCCAGUGCAACCACCUCAUCCUCCUCACUAUCAGACAUGAUGGAAAUCUCCUCAACUGUCUUCUUUUCCUCAGCUGUCACUUGCUGGACCAUCUCUACAUCAGAUGA